AUGACCGCAGAACAAGUUUUGUCCACAAUUCCGGAUGCAGACUUGCCAGAGGAUGUAGAAGAUAAGAAGUUCAACUUCUUUGCCAAAAAGGCAGCCGACGCGUCAACUGGCACUGGCGAACUGGUUCAAAUUCCAGAAGCUCAACCAAACUGCUUAUCUGGUUUAACUAUUGUGUUCACUGGUGUGUUGCCCAGAUUAGAUAGAGAUACUUCCGAAAAUUUGGCCAAGAGGUACGGCGCCAAAGUUACAAAGUCUAUUUCUGGUAAGACGAGUUUAGUAGUUAUAGGAGAUGAAGCUGGUCCAUCCAAGAUCAAAAAGAUAAAACUGUUGCAUAUAAAAGCCAUAAACGAAGAUGGGUUCAUACAGCUUUUGCAGAGUAUGCCAAUGGAAGGAGGAGAUGGAGCAGCCGCUCAGAAGGCUAAAUUGAAAAGAGAAGAAGAGGAACGUAAAAUCGUAGAAGAAGCCGAAGAAGAAGAACGUAGGGCCCAAGAGGAGGAAGCCAGACAGAAAAGGCUUUUGGAAGCACGAAAAGCUGCCUCAAUUGAAAAGGCCUCGCAUUCACAAUCUUCUCACAGAGAGCCAGCAGAAGUUCCCAGAAUCAUACCUGACAGCGAAAAGUUGUGGACUGUUAAGUAUGCUCCCAGCAGGAUUGACCAGCUUUGUGGAAACAAAGGACAAGUUCAGAAAUUGCAAAACUGGCUUUCCAACUGGUUCGACAACGCUAAGAAGGAUUUCAAGGUUCCUGGAAGAGAUGGCAGUGGUAUUUACCGAGCUUGCUUAAUAAGUGGUCCACCGGGUAUUGGUAAGACUAGUGCAGCGCAUUUGGUUGCAAAAUCGUUGGGAUUUGACAUCUUGGAGAAGAAUGCCUCAGAUGUCAGAUCCAAGUCUUUAUUGAACUCCAAUCUCAAGUCCGUGUUAACAAACACUUCAGUUGUGGGGUUUUUCAAGCAUCGCGAUGAAAACAUUCAACACACUCAGAAUGAUCGUAGAUUCUGCCUUAUUAUGGAUGAAGUGGAUGGAAUGUCUAGUGGUGAUCACGGAGGUGCUGGGGCGUUAUCGGCUUUUUGUAAAAUCACACAUAUGCCUAUGAUCUUGAUUUGUAACGAUAAGUCGUUGCCCAAGAUGAGGACAUUUGAUCGUGUUACGUUGGACUUACCUUUCAGAAGACCUUCCGAAGCUGAGAUGAAGUCCAGAUUGAUGUCUAUUGCUUUACGAGAAAAGAUCAAAUUGGAUCCCACAGUUAUUGGGCAGUUAGUCCAGGCUACAGGGAACGAUAUCAGACAGAUCAUUAACUUGUUGUCUACAGUUUCCAAGACUCAGUCGAGUAUAGGCGGAGAACAAGCCAAGGACGCAGCCAAUAGCUGGAAAAAGCAAACAGUUUUGAAGCCGUUUGAUAUCACAGCAAGAUUGUUGAAUGCUCAAAUCUACUCUCCUAAUGCAAAGCAUUCCUUGAACGACAAGAUUGAUUUGUAUUUCAACGAUAUUGAUUUCGCUCCGCUUAUGAUUCAAGAAAACUACUUGCUGACACGGCCAUCCGACGCUAGAACCCCACAGGACCAUCUAAGAAGAGUUGCAAAUGCUGCCGACGACAUUUCUGAGUCUGACCGGAUCAACUCUCUCAUCAGAUCGAGUGAGCAGCAGUGGAGUUUGUUACCAUUCCAUGGUGUUAUGUCAUCUGUCAAGCCUUCUUCGCAAGUGGCAGGCCAGAUUUCGCAACGUAUCAACUUUGCUGGAUGGUUGGGACAAAAUUCGAAAGCCAUGAAGUACCAGCGGAUGUUGCAGGACUUGCAGUACCAUACUCGCUUAAGAACUUCUACAGACAAGAAGGAGUUACGCUUGGACUACUUGCCUACACUUCGUCAACGGUUGACUGAGCCAUUGUUACAAGGCGAAGAGCAAGGGAUCCAGCCAGUGAUCGACAUCAUGGACUACUACUACUUGACUAAAGAAGAUUGGGACAAUAUUGUAGAUUUGGGUGUAGGCAGGUACAAGGGAGAGUUGGUGUUGAAGGGUAUCAGCACCAAAACCAAGUCCGCGUUCACUAGAAGCUACAAUAGCACGACGCAUCCUAUUGCUAUCUACAAGACGGGUAAUUCUGUGGGAGCCAUGGUAUCGUCCAAGAAGAAUGUGGACUACGAAGAUGUGAUUGAAGAUGACACAAACACUCCCGAUAAGGACGAUGAAGAAGUUGAUCCCGAUAAGAUCGACAGCAAAAAGGACAAAUUGAUCAAGGAGGUGAAGCCCAAGAAGACGGCCAGGAAAGCCAAGGCGGCACCCAAAGGUCGCAAGAAGUGA